AUGUUCUCCAAGACGUUCCUUCUUGCUGGCCUGGCCUCCGUUGCCAGUGCCCACAUGAUGAUCAGCAACCCCGUCCCCUAUGGCAAGUCCAACCUGAACAACUCGCCCCUCGAUGCCAGCGGUUCCGACUUCCCCUGCAAGCAACGAGAUGGCGUCUAUGACGCUCAGGGAGCCAGCAAUGUCUACGCUCAGGGAAGCACCCAAAAGCUCUCCUUCGUUGGUACUGCCGUCCACGGUGGUGGAUCUUGCCAAAUUUCAGUUACCACAGACCUUGCACCCGACGCGAACUCCGUCUGGAAGGUCAUCAAGUCCAUCGAGGGCGGCUGCCCUGCUCAGGGCGAAGCAGGAAACAUUGGAGACGACGCCAACGCCGUGGACCCUUACACUUAUGACUUCACCGUCCCGAAGGAGCUCGUUUCUGGCAACUACACCCUCGCUUGGACUUGGUUCAACAAGGUCGGCAACCGCGAAAUGUACAUGAACUGCGCUCCUCUCACCGUCACUGGCUCAGGUGGCUCCGCCGACCACCUUAGCUCUCUCCCCGAUAUGUUCACUGCCAACAUCGGCAACGGCUGCGGCACUGUGUCCGAUACCGAUGUCGAGUUCCCCAACGCUGGAAGUGAAGUAGAGAAACUCAAUGGCUCUACUGAUGCUUUCGCUGCUCCCACCGGUACUGGAUGCGCAGCUGGCAGUGGCGGCGGUAGCUCUGCCACCGCUACCAACGCUCCGGCUGCCACCACCACUGCUGCUACUCCUGCCACCACCGCCGCUCCCGCCAAUGGCGGUGGCAGCGGCAGCUCUGCGACCGCCCCUGGAGGCGCUCCUGUGGCCACUUCCACCCCCGUCUCCGGUGGUGGUUCCGGUGAUGGCUCCAGCUCUGGUGAGACCUUCACCGCUGGUACUGCCUGCACUACCGAGGGCGAGUGGAACUGCAUUGGCGGCACUUCAUUCCAGCGCUGUGCCAGUGGUGCUUGGACUGCGGCCCAGGCUCUUUCCGACGGCGUGAGCUGCACUCCUGGUCAGUCCGCUGACAUUGCGCUGUCUGCCAAGAGAGGCAUUUCGCAGAUGCGCCGCUCUCUCCGCAUUCGUGGAUAAAUUUCAUUCUAGACAAAAAAUCUUUCUGGGUUGGGGAGGGAUCUAGGGUACGGGAAAUGGGGCGUAGGAUUGGGCUUGGACACUGUCAAACGACAUCUUCUCAGAUUUAUAUUUACUUUCUUUCAGAUCCGAGCUCGAUUCAUUUUCGAGACUCGCUGUACUUUUACACAUUUCAAUAAACAUUCGCUACCAGCUUAA